UUCACAAGGUUCCGUCAACCGCGGUUGGAUUGUUAGCCGUCGUCUGUAGGCAGUUCCAAGUGGAGGUUGUAUCUGUCGUAAAGGUUUCGAAAGUUAAUAUAGGCUGUUUAGCUACCCGUGUUUACGAUUGAGGGCUGAUUUUGUCAUUUGAUGGUGCGAAUAACAUCGUUGAAGCUUCUUCAUGUUCAAUCACUUCUUUGCAUAUUUUAUAUUUCAUCCUUUAUUUUCGGGUUGUUCGUCCCUUUGGUGGUAGAUUUACUGUCUCUUCCUUUUUCGAGUAUACAUGACAUUUACAGGCUUUUCACUUUCCACUUAGUGACAGAUGAGAUUUGUGUUUUCAUUUUUACAAUUCUGGCCAUUUUUAUUUAUGCAAAGCUUGUAUUUCAUGUAUGGAGCAGAACUGAAAUACUUUUCUUCUAUUGGUUCGUAAAUACAAGUGCCGGAAUACUUGCGAUUUUCCCAGAGAUUUUCUUUGGUAAUAACAUUUUUGUCAAACGUAUCAAUGGGAAUUCUGCAUUUUUGUCUUCUGUACUCGUAGUUCUUAUCCAACUAAGUAUGAAUCAAUCACUUGUAAAGAUCAGGGGUUUUGACUUUAAAUCUCAAUAUGGUCUCCCCGCUGUGUCGAUUACAUUUUUGUGUUUGUGGACAGUAGGGUUUAUCAGGCUCUCUUCUGGUAUUUUGUUUUGUUAUGGGAUCCUGUGUAGUUGGUGCUACCUUCGCUUUCUGCAACGUCAUCCUCAAGGAAGGAGAGGCGAUUAUCGUCCAGUAUUCGCGUUCGCUAGACUCUUCCCCGAACCAAUAGACAAAGUAGUCUCGAUUCCUUCCAACGUUUUUUAUCAACUUCUACUUCGAACCAAGUUUUGUCCUGGACUAAAAAGAGAAAGUGAAGUUACUGUAGAACCUUUACUGACCCUCGGCCCACAUGGAAUGAUAUCUUCUGAUCCAGAACGGCAUCGGCGCAUUGCUCUGAAGGCUCUAAAUGAACGCUUCGCAAAAGCUGGUGUUUCUUCAAGGACACAAAAUGAAGUCAUCGAAUGGCCAAGCCUGAUCGAUCCUGAUGACACACAAAAGACGGAUAACAACAAGUCAGAUGAAUCCAGUGUGAUCAUCGAGUUGCCAACUAUUACGAAUCCUUCAAGUACUGAUACUUUAAACACAUUAAACUCAUCCAAUGUGUGAAUCUUGAGCUAAGGUGAUAGUUUUUAUACAAUUUAUGUGUGAGAUCCUAGGUUUUGUACCAUAGUUUUGACUUAUUUUGUUCACUUUAUUCAUCCAAUAACUUCUUUACACUUGGUUUUUUAUAUUGUAAGUUCUAUUCGCUUAAACAUAAAGUCAUGUAUUUUGUUACUAGCUUAAGUGUCUUUUUCCUUGUGUUAUUUUUAUGAUUUUUGAUUAAAUAUUUUGCUUCAGAGACCUUAUCAAGCUCACUAGCGGGACAGUAGUAGUAAAUGAAACUGCUAACGGAGGUCAAGAUGUAGAGUUAAAUCCAGUAACUUGUUUUAAUUUAUUCAGAAUGAAGAAUAUAUCUAAACUGCAUUACGAAUAGGUUUUGAGUUGUUAAUGUAACAAAAGUAAUAACUUGUUCUUCCUGCCAUUACGGCUUUAUCAUGAUCAACCUAU